AAAUCUGUCUUUUACGUGGGCAAGAUUUUCGACCGACUCGUAUCUGUUAGGGCACGUUAUCAUAUUGUCAUCGAUUCCUUCAAAUAUCAUCGGGAGCUGAUUCGAUGCUACUGUUAACUCCUCCGAAUUGAAUUGACCAGGAUAACAAUGUCGGCUCGAUUGCUGAGAAAAGUUCUUAAGGAACAAGAAGCACAAGAGCAACAACGGCAGCAUCUCGGAACAGAAGAAGAGCCUGAAGUUAACGAUGGCGAUCAUUCUGACCCUCUCGAUUUGCCUACUCGUGCUUCUGUAAACCCUUUUGAUCUCCUCGACGACGACGGCCACGAUCAUGACCAGGAACAUGAGCCAGAUAUUGCCGAUGAGCCUUCGGCAGGAAGCAUAAAUGACAAAGAAACCUUUUCUGUAAAAUCUUCUAUCAACACCACUCGCUUGUCAAAUCACAAAACAAAGAAGAAGAAAAAGAAAAAGAACAAGGAAGAUGGCUUUUCAAGUGCACAAAACAUUGGAAACCACUUGGAUGUUAUGUUGGAAAAUUUAUCUGUUGAAGAUAACUCUUUUAGUAGUAUUUCAAAAGCCAAGCAAACAAAUUUGGAAAUUGUUGACAACCUGUGUAAACAUGGCAAGUCCUCCAUUUUGCAAGUUGAUCCCAAGUUUCUAAGUGCAGAAAAUGAGCUGCGAAGAAUAUUUGGUUCAAAAGUAGUAGGUUCAUUUCAAAAGAGUCACCAAGCAGGCAGUUCUAGACAGGUACAUGGGGGAAGACGUGGAAACCACAAGCAUCGAAGGACUAUACUUGUCACUCCAUCAGAACAUUGGCCUCGUUGGGAUGGAUCUUUGUCAAUGGAACUUCUGGAAACAAGAGAUGGUUACCACUAUUUCAGGUAUGUACACUCAUCUUCCUAUGGUGAAGUUCAGAGAGCAUAUGAAGCAGCUAAAGCAAUACACGAUCUUAAUGGCAUAGCUAGUAUUCUGCUGCAUCAUCCCUAUCAUUCAGAUUCAUUGAUUACUAUGGCAGAAUAUUUUGAGUUCAUGGGUGAACGUCAAAUGUCAGCAGAUGCUAUUGCAAAGUGUUUAUAUGGCUUAGAAUGCGCCUGGCAUCCAAUGUUCAACCCCUUGCAGGGGAACUGCCAGUUGAAAUAUAGUCAUGAAAAUAACAGACCUUUAUUCUCUACCCUUUUUGCUCACAUGAAAAACAUGGACAGGCGUGGAUGCCAUCGCUCUGCUCUUGAAAUUUGUAAGUUGUUACUUUCACUAGAUUCAGAUGAUCCAAAGGGUGCCAUGUUUAGCGUUGACUAUUUCUCUCUGAGGGCUGAAGAAUAUGAGUGGUUGGAACGGUUCUCUGAGGAAUAUGGCUCUGACAGUUCCUUAUGGUUAUUUCCAAAUUUUUCAUAUUCUCUUGCCGUUUGCCGAUUUUAUCUCGAGGAUCCAGCAAUUUCAAAAUCUUCCACAACCGAGUCUAGAAAAGCUUCUUCGACUGAUCUUCUAAAGCAAGCUUUGAUGCUUCACCCAUCAGUUCUGAAAAAAUUAGUUACGAAAGUACCUUUGAAAGAUCAGGCAUGGACAAACAUACUCAAGAACAGUUUUUUCAGAUCAGAUCAAACGGGGAGCCCAUCCUUGGACCAUCUGAUUAAUAUAUAUAUUGAAAGGAGUUAUAUCAUUUGGAGGCUUCCUGACCUGCAAAAAUUGCUUAGGAACUCUGCAAUGCUGGUGAUUGAAACACUGGAGAAUAAUAGAAUAGACAUUCAGGACUGGGCUUGUGUGAGGAAAGAAGCAUUUUCAUUGGAGAAAAAUGAGUAUCCCCAUUUAUUGGUAUCGGAUUUCUCGGAUUCAGUGUCGACAAUGCCCCCUGAUAACCUGCAAAAUUUUCUGGUUGACCCAAGAAUGAGAGAGGUACAACUGAAUGGUCGCCAAGCUGCCAACCCGGCUCAAGGCGUGCAGGCUCCCCCCCGCGAUGUUAGGAAUCGUAAUCCAUUAGUUGUGUUGUUCGAGUCAAUGCUACCGUGGAUUGAUUAUGGAGUAGGAGGAGACGAUGGUGAGCACCAGCACAAUGAUGGCCAUGUGCCGGAUAUUGAAGAUUGAAUUUGGCAUUGCACCCAAGGCCAGGCUGCCGAGAAAUUUGCAAUGACCCAGAGGGAGGUAUAGCAGCAGGCUGGUGAUGGUUAGUGAGAAUUGCGAUUUGAACAAAUUUUCCUUUGCACAAGGAAAAGGUUGCAGUCGGAUUGUCAAGAAAUCUUCUUCUUCUUCUUUUUUUCUCAGUGAUUGAUGCUUGGAGAAAUGAAAAAUGUGUUGGACGAAAAAUGUGUUGGACGAUGAUUGCUUUAAAUGUUGUGGGGGUAACUAAAAAUAAUUGCGGACGAAAUACUGCUAUGCUAAAUUCAUUUAUCAAAAAAAGAAAAAAAAAGAAAAAAAAACCAUCAUACAUCUCUC